GGAUGGGACUGGGGCAACGGGGGUGCGGGUAGGUUGACCCUGCGAAGUAGCUUUGCGCUUGGUGCUCGCGGACGACGGUUUGGACGGUUGUUGACGGGCUAGACCCCCCUGCAGGAGGCCCACCAUCGAAGAAGCCGUACCCAUCGCAAUCAGGACCAACGUCCUUGAGAACUGCGGGACUUGGAUCGCCCCCACCGUAUUGGGGGGUGGGGGGGCGAGGGGUGUUGCGCUGCCGGAGCGCCCUAGCUUCGGUAUUCAGACGACCGACGAAAUCGGCCCAAUCGAGGUUGACGUCUUGCUUGAACCUGGCGAAGACGUCGGCCUCGCGGCCUUUGAACUCGGCGCAGUGGCGGGACGAGUAUCGGCGGAGGUCCUCGGAGAUCCUGAAGAGUUCCCGGAAAAACAGGCCAACUCGUUCGGCCCCGGCCGCAGAGGCGCCCGACACGCCGUCCUUGAUGAAAACUUCCAGGACGCGAAUGAAGGUGUCGAGAUGCACGUCGAACGUGCGUGUCACCGCCGCUACCCCCGGGGAGCGUGGCGGCGAGAACGCCGCGAUGUCGAUGGCGCUGAAGGUAAGCAGCGCGUGCAGGCCCGGGUGCGGGUGGGCCACGUCCUGGAUGAUGUGGUCGAACUCGCCCCCCGUCAUGACGAUAGGCGAGAACGUAGCGCCUCGCAUUAGGUACAGGGCGGCUUGGCCGUCCUUUUCUCACGUGCGUCCCUCCAGCUUUUGGGCUUCAUUCAGCCGAUGGGCAUUGUAUACAGGCGCGGCCCCCGGGAUGCUCGCGAGCUGUUGGUAUCCCUGGGGCGCGGCCGACUGGUGGUAG